CAUACAUAUCUGCGUAUUUCGGUAUGAACCUGUAGACAACCGAUCAUUUUACAAAAGCAAUAAACUUGGUAUUGAUUACUUUGGAAAGUUCCUAAGCAAAAGCAAAAACACAUUUUCAAAUUUUCUGUCUGUGAUAAGUGCUUAGAUAUGUUAAUGAAUCUUGAUAUCAAGCGCUUUUAGCAUACACGUCGUAAAAAGGAACUAACAUGUAUGUGUUUGCAUACAUACCAAACUAGGUCGAUACAGCGUAAAUUGAGCUUAUUUCUAUUGCACUCAGGAAUAGAAAGCAUUACUAUCUUUUUAUAAUUAAGUGAACAAGCAUUUUUCGCUUAUCGGAGCACUGACUUGUGAAAUUAACGCUGGGAAGGCAUACAAAAAUUUCUUGAAUUUCAUCAGAUAUAAUAGUUUGUUUAGAAAAUUUGGAACAAAAGCAAAAAAAUUUUAGUGUUUGCCUAUCUCGCCUUUUCUAUUGUACUAAAUAAAAAUAAAUAUAGAAAACCUAAAGAAGCAAUAACAAAGCAGCAUUUCUUUAUAAACAUUAACGAAAGGGAGAAUAGAAUAAAGAUUAGGAAUGACAUUGGCUUCAAAGAGCUUGGAACAGCCGCAGUGUGGCAACGAUUUUAUUUUGGAGCAAAAACCCAUGGACAUAGAGGAACGUAAAGCCGGAAAUUUUUGGCUCUUUAAAUGGUUAUUUAAUUGGACAUCUAGCUCGCCGAUAAUGUUGCGUGCAGUUGAAAAGAAGAUUUUAUCCUUCCUCAAGACUCCAUAUCGUGGAUUCUUUGUAGAUAUUGGCCCAGCCGUUGGUGAAGCUGAUAAAAUAUGGACCAUCAGUAUGAAUACAGAUUCUAAAGAAGAACCUAUGGUUCUGCUACACGGAUUAGGUGCAGGAGUUGCUUUGUGGGUAAUGAAUCUAGAUUCUUUUGCUAAAGAUCGUCCCGUAUAUGCCAUGGAUGUAUUGGGCUUUGGACGUAGUUCUCGUCCUACUUUCUCUAACGACGCACUUAUCUGUGAGAAACAGUUCGUAAAGUCAGUAGAAGAGUGGAGACGGAAAAUGAACAUUAAUAGAAUGGUAUUGUUAGGUCAUUCAAUGGGAGGAUUCAUCGCUUCAAGUUACGCACUAUCAUAUCCUGAGAGAGUCAGUCAUCUUAUAUUAGCUGAUCCCUGGGGAUUUCCAGAAAAGCCUGCUGACUCAAAUACUAGCCGCCAAAUACCAUUAUGGGUAAGAGCAUUGGCAUAUGCUCUGACACCACUUAAUCCACUUUGGGCAUUACGUGCUGCCGGUCCAUUUGGGCAAUGGAUUGUGCAAAAAACACGACCGGAUAUUACACGUAAAUUUGCAUCAGCUGUAGAAGAUAAUACCAAGUUGUUACCACAAUAUAUUCAUCAAUGUAAUGCUCAAACGCCUUCUGGUGAGUCGGCGUUCCAUGCUAUGAUGGCAUCGUUUGGUUGGGCAAAAUAUCCGAUGGAACAUCGUUUGAAGGAUCUCCGAGUAGAUAUACCUAUAACUUUUAUAUAUGGAUCGCGCUCGUGGAUAGAUUCUUCUUCAGGUGAAAAAAUUAAGGCGCAACGUGUAGAUUCCAAAGUCGAUAUUAAAAUGGUAAACGGUGCGGGUCAUCAUGUGUAUGCAGACAAGCCAGACAUCUUUAACCGCUAUGUUAAUGAGGCCUGUGAAUUAUAUAAAGCUUAUGCAACAAACCUCAACGUGCGUGAUACGACAGAGUCGGACGAAGAAAUAAAUGAUGCUACUUUACAAGUUGAAACACAACAAAAAGCAGAGCAUAAAGAUCAAAAUUCAGAACAUGCUCUCUCUGAAGGUCAACACACAGAAGAGGUUGCAACAGACCUGAAACAGCAAUAGUUUACCAAAAUAUGUGUAUAUACAUAUAUAGAUAGUCGAUUAGCACACAUUUUAUACCUGCAGUCAAUCUAAUUUUCUUUAGCCGAUCUGUAUUAGUCAAUGUAUAUCACAUAGUAUUAGCCUAAAUAAAUAUUUUGAACAAAAUAGAAAAAUCUGUUAUUGCAGUUCCGUUCAUAUAAUAAUGGAAUGACUUUUUUGGCUCUGCAAUAAGUAGUAAAAGUAUUGAGAAAUAAAAGUAAAGAAUAUAAGAUUACGAAUGA